AUGACUGUUAGCAUGUCUUGUGCAGUAUCGAUGAUGUAUCUCGGACCGCCUGUGAUCAGAUCGAAUGGUUCCUACACAUUCAAAGUCCAUGCUGAUGAAAUUCUCAUUGUUCAAUCUCAUACUGCCAACGGCACUAGACCUGUAUUCAAAGGUUGUUUGGAACCUAAUGAUGAAUUCACCUUCAAAUCGUCUCGUUUGAUCGAUCAUCAUUUUGUGAUUACAAUUUAUGUCAAUGGUAUAAUCGACCAGCAUGUGUUUGUCUGUUGUGAAACCGGAUUUGUGAGUCAAUCUCAUUUUCAAAUGCAACGAAGUUCAUGCCAACUACAAUCGAUAACAGGAGGGAUCCCCUGUGAAAUUUGUCAUUCGCAUCAACUGAUGGACUUUACUCCGAACGAAAUUCCGUAUGAAAUGACAACUCCUGAUGUUCAACCGGCGAUUGUGUCUAAGCCGGUGAAAAUGCCAACCGAGAAUUAUCCUGAUCAAAAGAUGACUUUGAAUGAUACCACACCUAAAGAUCAUUCGAUUACAGAUGUCAAUAAAAAUCAAACGAAAACCACGAAAUUUAACACNCCGGCGAUUGUGUCUAAGCCGGUGAAAAUGCCAACCGAGAAUUAUCCUGAUCAAAAGAUGACUUUGAAUGAUACCACACCUAAAGAUCAUUCGAUUACAGAUGUCAAUAAAAAUCAAACGAAAACCACGAAAUUUAACACAAAGGAGAGUAUACAAAAUAAUACUCUCAAGAUCAAGAAUGAAGAUGAUGAAAAACAAAACAUAUCAUCAGCUGCUAAAUUUCAAAUGCAAAAACUACUCUCGAGCUACCUACAAUUAUUACAUCCACAAACGAAAUCAUCAUCGGCUACUUCUGAACCAGCCUCCACGACCCAACUGCACACCUAUGCCGAUCCAACAGUUGGACACAACCGAGAGGAGAAAGCUGCAAUACAAAUUGCACCGUCCACACGAACAUCGACAAGCGAAAGUAAAGCGGAAAAUUUCGUUCUCAUUUGGUUGGAUGCAACGAUUCAAACCAAUAGAGAUACUCUCGAAUCCGAAGAGAAACUUCGUUCAAUUGUGAACUCGUUAGUCACUUGUCAUAGUAUCGAUCAAGCGAAAGAUUUCAUGCAAGAAAUCUACUUAAUUGUCUCCGGUCGAUUGGCUAAAGAACUAAUUUCCAUGACUGAAAUCAUUGAUAAUACCAAGUUGAACUCGAUCUAUAUCUACUGUUCCCAAAAAGUUGAAUAUGAAGAUCUCGUUCACCGUUGCGAAAAAAUCCGAGAUAUAUUCGACGAUAUUGAUUCUCUAUGCGCUUGUCUCAAACAAGACACAGAGCAAGCAUUGAAAAAUCUCCUUCCGAUGUCAACAGUAACCGAUGAGAAAAACCAAGCGAAAUUUCUCUGUGCACAAUUACAUCGCGAUCUACUUUUCACUGUCGAGUCGACCAAUGACGCGAAGUUGGAGUUGGCCGAUUAUUGUUACAAUAUAUACAAAUCAGUUCCGACUCAAAUUAGGUACAUCGAAGAAUUACGAACUGAGUAUCAUGCGGGCAAUGCGAUUCACUGGUAA